UUUAACCCCCUAAAUUUUAUACUAUUUCAAAAAUCUUGUCCCUUCAUUGAUUGAAAUUAUCAAACUUUCAAAUAUUACUGUGAAGGGUUUUAGCUUAAACCCUAAUCCCACCUCACCCCCAACCCCAAGAAUCCACCAUGGCUGAAUUGAACUCAAAGCAAGUGUUGCAAGACAACAAAACCACUGACCCAAACUCCAUUACAUCACUUACCCUCACUCACAAAGCUCUUUCUCAUGUUUCUUGUUUGAGUAAGUUUGAAAAUUUGCAGAAGCUUGAUCUUGGCUUUAACAAUUUAACUUCACUUGAGGAGUUGAAGUUAUGUGUGAAUUUGAAGUGGCUCUCUGUUGUGCAAAACAAACUUGAGAGCUUGAAAGGGAUUGAAGGGCUUAUUAAACUCACUGUACUGAAUGCCGGGAAAAACAAGCUCAAAUCUAUGGAAGGGGUCAGUGGUCUUGUGAACUUGCGUGCACUGAUUUUGAAUGACAACGACAUUGUUUCAAUUUGCAAGCUUGAUAACAUGAAAGAGUUGAAUACAUUAGUGCUCUCUAGAAAUCCAAUAUCUGGAAUCGGGCAGAGCCUAGCGAAAAUCAACUCAAUCACAAAAUUGUCUCUCUCUAAUUGCCAACUACAAGGUAUCGACUCCUCACUUAAAUCCUGCACUGAGUUGAAGGAGCUACGACUUGCUCAUAAUGAUAUUAAGACGCUUCCUAGUGAGUUGGCUUUUAAUAUAAAACUACAAAAUUUAGACAUCGGAAACAAUGUGAUCAUGAAGAGGACAGAUCUGAAGGUGCUGUCUUCAUUAGUUAACUUGAAAAACUUAAACCUACAAGGGAACCCCAUUGCUGAAAAGGAAGAUUUGGUCAAAAAGAUCAAGAAACAAGUGCCGAAUUUGCAGAUUCUCAAUGCUAAACCUAUUGAAAAGGCCAUGAAAAAGGAACAGGUUGGCAGAGACGAUGAUGAAAAUGAAAGUGGUGAUGAUUACCAUGAAGAGGGUACUUUCCCAGGGAGUGACAAACCGAAAAAGUCUAUAAAGCUCUCAAAGAAUGGCAAGAAUGCUGGCGAUAUAUCAGAAACUGUACCCAAAGAUCCUGAUGUGCAGAAGGAAUCAAAGCUCAAAAAGGAAAAGAUUAACGAAUUUGAUAAAGCUUCUGUCCGUAAGAGGAAGGAGUUGGUACAAGCAGAAAAAAGAACCGACGUGGGGGGUCCACCCAUUGAACUUGACAGAGGAGAGGAACGACGAAAGCACAAAAAACAUAAGAAGAGCGAAGUCUUGAUGGAGAACGCUUCAAAUGUCGAUGAUAAGGAACCAACUAAAAAGUCUAGUAAGAAGGCUAAACAAAAUAAAUUAAGUGUCAUUGAUGAUGGAGAAACUCCUUUUUCGGAUCUUUUUCUCUCUAGCGGGAAAGUCGAUGAACACAACACACUCCAACAAAAUGUUGAUGCAGCUGCAGGCUUGGUUACAUUCCCGAAAAAUAAAAAGAAGAAGAAGAAUCUUGUAACUGGUGCUGCUGCUCUUCAAUUGUCAUCAGUAAAUGAUGUCAUUGGAUUGGGUGGUGCAUCGACAUGGGAUGACUAGAAGUAGUAUCCUGCUGAGAAAAUUGAGUAGCACCAAAUUUCGACUGUGAAGUAGGCAACUGUUGUUUGAGCCUUGGCCUCCCAUUUGGUUUGAUUUAUCAUCAAUAACAUGUUUGCGAGGAUUUACAUGAACAAAUUGGUUACCCUUCCCCGAUAGAGGCUGUAAUAUAUGGCGCUGUGACUGCAGAACAACGAUAUCCAACUUGCUUUUACCAGGAGUAUAUGCUGGGAAGAUUUUGCGCCUGUCAAGCUACGGUAAAUGAGCCUAUUUUUCUUCUUGUUUUGAGAACGCGUUGUCUUUAGAUAAGUAACGAUUCGUGUUUCCAUAGAAACACACUGAAAUUAUUGUCUGCUUGGAUUUUCUUUGGGCUGGUAUGGUAGGUGGUUGAGACAAUCGUAGACUCUUCAUGAUCAUAGAUCAAAGGCACUUGUUGAAUUGCUUUAUGCAUUUACAAAUAUUUUCCCAGUUUAAUUAUAUGAUGAAAAUGAUUGGCAA